CGGGUGUCGUCAUAAACACCACCGGAGUGGACGCGAGAUUCGUUCGUGGUUUGUAGACCAACGAGCUGCUCGAAUCCAACAUGGCAGGAUGGGAACGCAAACAAACAGACGUGGAAAAGGGAAUUGUGAUCCCAGAUGACUGGCCUGGAUACCCGCUGGACCUGUUUACAUUUCCUGAGCAUUACUCCGAGGAUCUGGACUGUGUCUACAUUCCACACGGUGUUAUCAUGGACAGGAUAGAGAGGUUGGCGAGAAAUAUUAUGGAUGAUCUUGGGGACCAUGACAUUGUAGUGUUGUGCGUGCUGAAGGGAGGUUAUCAGUUCUGUGCUGACCUGGUGGACUGCAUUAAAGUCCUGUGUUGCAACUCCAACAAGACCCUUCCCAUGAGGGUGGACUUCAUACGCCUCAAGAGCUACCUGAACGAUCAGUCAACUGAAGAUCUCCACAUAGAAGGGGCAGAGAACCUGUCUGCGCUCAGUGGAAAGAAUGUCCUGAUUGUGGAGGCCAUCGUGGACACUGGGAAGACUAUGAAGGCACUUCUGGAUCACGUUAAAGCCUUCAAGCCCAAGAUGAUAAAAGUAGCUGGAUUGCUGGUGAAAAGAGUGGCUAGUAAGACAGGAUAUCUGCCAAACUAUGUUGGAUUUGAAAUCUCUAAUCGUUUUGUGGUCGGCUAUGCCUUGGAUUACAAUGAAUACUUCAGAGACCUCAAUCACAUCUGUGUGAUUAGUGACCAUGGGAAGAACAGAAAUACAAGAUCUGAAGAAGGUCCCACUGGAACAUGAGCAUCUGAAUUGUCAACUCAGGAAGAUGGAAGGUGUCCAUGGAUCUAAAAUGAUGUGUUAUUAAUAACUUCCUAAGUAGAUCUCCUAUUUUUCCAGUGUUUAGAUAUGAACAGAUAGAUAAUCUGUUAGAUUUUAAUAAUAACUGAGAUAAAGCUUACAGAAUACUGCCACCGUAUACACGCACUGUAUGCAUACUACUGCAGAAAUAACAUACUAGUCCUACUAAUAUGUAUGUUAUUUUAUUCAUUAAAAGAAGGUAUAGAAGGACAUGAGUGAGCAAAUGUUGACAAUGACAUUUUAUGAGAACUUCGGGUGUGUUCGAUCACUAAAGGAACUUGUUUACCAUACUGUUAAUAAAAAUAUGUUAGGCAAUACACUAACUAUUAACAACAGUUUGGUUUUUCAGAACCUAUAAAAUGUGAACUACCGAAAUCAACCAAGUUUUAAGGAAUUGUUGCAUAUGUACAUUAAAGUUUACAUUUGUGAGAUGUUUUUAUACAUUUGAUAACCUCUUCUUGUAGCAACAUUAAAAUUGUAUGCAUUUGUUAUUGUCAUGUACUUCUUUUUUCGCUUUUAUAUCGUCUACUAGCAGAGAUGAAAGCAUGCCUGUUGGGUUAUGGAUCAUUUGCUGUGGUCGUAUUAUGGAGAUCAGCAGUCAUACAGUACUUGAGCGAAACAACUCAAACAUACCACACACAAAGGGAUGAAGUGGAACAGAGUUUGCUUGGGUGUGUGUUAUGUAACCAUGUCUGUUGCUCAUUGUUUCCUUUGGCCAGCCUCUUUUGCUCAUCUGACUGUGAUUAGUGCAGGUGAAUCUGUUGUGUUUUUGUCAGAUACAGAUUAGAGAUUCACCUGCUAUGAAAGCACCUUAAAGGACUUCUAUUUUGCCCCUUUUAUGAAAUGUAAAUAAGUCUUUGGUAUCUUUAUAAUAUGUCUGAAAGUUUAGCUCAAAAUUACUGUCAGGUCAUUUGUUAUAUCCUGCUGAAAAUGUCAAUAUUUUUUUGUUUAGAAGAAAUUGUAGCUGUUUUGCGCUUGUGCCUUUUUAAAUGCAAAUGAGCUGGUCCUCCCCGCCACUGUACUGACAUGUCUGCUUUUCCGGUGUCAAACAAGAUAAUCACAAAAUCAGACAACCAGGUUUGCCAAUAAAUGGGCUACUUUUGA